CCCAGCCGGGACGCGACGGGACGGGACGCGCGGGGGGUCGCGGGCGCGGCCCGGGGCGGGGGCGGCAUGGAGCGGAGGUGGGUGUUCGUGCUGCUCGACGUGCUGUGCGUGCUGGUCGCCGCGCUGCCUUUUGUCAUCCUGACGGUGGUGAACACCCCAUACAAGCGAGGGUUCUACUGCAGCGAUGACUCCAUCCGCUACCCCUACCGGCCAGACACCAUCACCAACGGGGUCAUGGCCGGGGUCACCAUCACCGCCACCAUUGUCCUUGUCUCCACCGGGGAGGCCUACCUGGUCUACACCCAACGCCUCUACUCCCACUCGGACUUCAACAACUACUUGGCUGCUGUCUACAAGGUCCUGGGGACCUUCCUGUUUGGGGCAGCGGUGAGCCAGUCCCUGACUGACCUGGCCAAGUAUAUGAUCGGCCGCCUGCGCCCCAGCUUCCUGGCUGUGUGUGACCCCGACUGGAGCCGCAUCAACUGCUCUGCAUACGUGCAGGUGGAGACCGUGUGCAGGGGCAGCCCCGCCAACGUCACCGAGGCCAGGUUGUCAUUCUACUCGGGACACUCGUCCUUCGGCAUGUACUGCAUGAUGUUCUUGGCCCUCUACGUGCAGGCGCGGCUGUGCUGGAAGUGGGCGCGGCUACUGCGCCCCACUGUACAGUUCUUCCUGGUGGCCUUCGCGCUGUACGUGGGCUACACCCGCGUGUCUGACCACAAGCACCACUGGAGCGAUGUUCUGGUCGGCCUCCUGCAGGGGGCGCUGGUGGCCUGCCUCACGGUUAGGUAUGUUUCAGAUUUCUUCAAACCCCGGACCCCGCAACGCUGCCUGGAGGAGGAGGACCAUGAGCGGAAGCCCCAGCUGUCGCUGUCGCUGACCCUGGGCGAGUCGGAUGGCAACCACUUUGGGUACACGACUUCCUCCUCUUCCCCCUGAGGCCAUCACCAGGCCCGCUGGGGCUGGAGCAAAGAGGCAGGUCCCCUGGCACCACGCCCUGAUCCCCUUGUCCAGUUCUCCAAGCACAACCCCCUUU